AUGGCACCUCUUAAUAUUCAUAUUAAAGAUGUAGUAUUUGUCACACCAUCCAAGGUCACUCCUUCCUCAAUUCUUUCUCUAUCAACACUUGACAACAUACCUGACCACAAUAGCCUAUGUCAAACCAUUCAUGUUUACAAAUCAUCACAAAAUCAUGGUGCUUACACAAAUGACCAAAUUGACCCUAACCCUAUUAAUGUGAUCAAGGAAGCACUCUCAAAGGCUUUGUUCUAUUACUACCCUCUUGCUGGUAGGCUUGUGAAACAUGUUGAUGGGAAGUUUAGAGUUCAUUGCAAUCCCAACAUUGGAGUUCCAUUUGUGGAGGCAAUUGCUAAUUGCAAUCUUUCUUCUCUUCAUUACCUUGAUGUUAGUGAUACACAAGUUGCAAAACUCUUUGCCUUUGAUCUUCCUUCACAAGAUGAAGAAAGAGUUAAACAAUAUCCUUUAGGGUUCAAGGUGACAAAAUUCUUAUGCGGCGGAUUCGUCCUUGGCAUGGCAGUUUCGCAUGUUGUCAUAGAUGGAUGCGGCGCAUCUCAAUUCUUAAGAGCUAUAAUUGAAUUUGCAAGUGGAAGAAAUGAGGCUUCAGUAAAGCCUGUUUGGGAAAGAGAAAGGCUAAUUGGGUCAUUUACAAACACUCCAUUGCCAAGUCCCAUGGAUGGUCCCUCGGUCGCGAGUUCACCAUAUCUUCCCUCCAAAACACUUGUACAUGAAUGUUUUAAGGUGGAUGAUGAGAACAUAAGAAGACUCAAGAUGAGUUUGAUCAAAGAAUUUGACAACAAUAUUAUUGAAACCACAAAAGAAAACAUCAUCAUCACAAGUUUUGAAUCACUAGCUGCUUAUGUUUGGAGAUCAAGAGUUAGAGCCCUAAAACUUAGCUAUGAUGGGAAAACAAUGCUUAGUGUGAUAGUGGGAAUUAGAAGGCACUUGCUAGAUCCUCCUUUGCCAGAAGGGUAUUAUGGGAAUGCAAUUGUGGAUGCAAAUGUGGUGCUAAAGGUGAAGGAACUCAAUGAGAAGCCACUCUCACAAGUUGUGAAGCACAUCAAAGAGAGCAAGAAGGUUGCUUUUACAAAGGAAUAUAUUAGAAACUCAAUUAACACUUUUGAGUCAACGGUUGAGGAUUUUGAUGUGGAAGGUAGUGGUGCAUUCAUGAGUUUGACUGAUUGGAAACAUUUAGGGUUCUUGGAAAAAUUGGAUUUUAGAGGGAAUGUGUUGGUGAAUGCACUACCUGCUCCAUGCAACACGUUUGGGUCAGUUGGAUUGUGCAUUUUUGCACCUCUUAGUAACAUUGAUUCAUCAAUGAAAGGAGGAGUUAGGGUUUUUGUGUCACUCCCCAAUGAUGCCAUGCCCAAGUUUAGGGAGGAGAUGGAAGCACUUAGGUUUAUUAAUUAA